GUUCUUUUGUAUAGAGUAGGAGUCGCGCUUCGGGAAAAUACUGUUGGGCAUGAGAGUUGUGUGUUAGCGAUGGAAACCGACUUGCCUUCGGAUUAUGCUUGGGUGGGACAAAAACCAGAAAGAGGAUGAAGAAAAUGCUUCGAGCAGUUCAAUAGCAUCACAUACCAUCUCCAAGUCUCAACCCAGAGUAGGAGUCGCGCUUCGGGAAAAUACGGUUGGGUGCCAUGAGAGUUGUGUGUUAGCGAUGGAAUAGGCGAAUAGGCGAAGCCUACUUGCCUUCGGAUUAUGCUUGGGUGGGACAAAAACCAGAAACAGGAUGAAGAAAAUGCUUCGAGCAGUUCAAUAGCAUCAUAUACCAUCUCCAAAUCUCAACCCAGGUAAACAUUCUUCACUCUUUCCGCCUAAAUGAACAAGCUUUAUUUUUCUCAAACAAAUCAAAUGCUUCGUUUAAUUUGCAUAAAACUGCCCAGACAAUUGAAGCACAAAGUUUCAUCCCUUACCCAUGGCCACUUCUUCUCAACCUCCUCUGCCAAACCCAUCGCAGAACUCCCUAAUUCCAAGGACCCACAAUCUCUAACAGUCUCCUUCCUCCAAAACUCAUGUGGGUUGUCCUUGGAAUCAGCCAUUUCAGCUUCCCAGAAGCUCAACAUUGACAACCCAAAGAACCCCAACUCAGUUCUGGACCUGUUGAGAACUCACGGUUUGACUCAGACCCACAUCAGAAAUUUAAUUAGCAGUCGUCCACUAUUGCUUUUGGCUGAUUUAGAGAAUAUCCUUAAGCCCAACAUGGAGUUGUUUGAAUCCUUGGGUUUUUCUUGCGCUAGCCUUGGGAAAAUGCUUAGCAGAGACCCACGUGUGCUUGAAAGUGAUGCAUACACUGUUGUUGAGUUCUUUAGAGCUCAUGGUUUCAGUGAUGACCAAAUAUCAACUUUGACCAUGAAGCGUCCACUAUUGUAUUUAUUCAAUGCACACAAGACCUUUAAGCCAAAGUUGGAGUUUUUCAAAUCUUUGGGUUUGUCGGAUCUUGAAAUUGCAAAGAUUUUAUCCACGCAGCCUCCUAUUCUAGCAAGGAGCCUCGAAAAGCAAAUCAUUCCUUGUGUUCAAGAGCUUAGGCGGAUUCUUGGCACUGAGGAGAAUGUCUUAAAGGCUAUAAAGGCAGGCUACGGGUUAAUUGAAGCAAAUGUGGAAAAAGUGCUCAAGCCCAACUUGUCGAUGUUGAUAAGCCAUGGUGUGCCCCAUUCAUUAGCUUUGAAACUGUUCUUUUUAAGACCAAAUCCACUGCUCAUGUCGACUUAUCGGUUUAGUGAGAUUGUUAGUGAAGUUAUGAAAUUCGGUUUUGAUCCCAAUAACCUGCAAUUUGUUUUGGCCAUCCGUUCCAUGGCAAUGAGUAAGACACUGUGGAAGCGAAAGGUGGAAGCUUAUAGAGGUUUUGGUUUGUCAAAGGAUGAGAUCUAUUCAGCAUUCAUAAGGCAUCCACUGUUCAUGGCUGUGUCAGAGAAGAAGAUCAAGAUAUCGAUGGGUUUCUUUGUGAACAAACUGAAGAUGAAGCCUUUGCUGAUUUCCAAGAAUCCUAAUCUUCUAUUGCUUAGCUUGGAGAAAAGGAUUAUUCCGAGGUGUUCAGUUUUGCAACUUUUGAUGUCAAAGGGGUUGAUUAAGGCAGAUACUAGCCUUGUUUAUGUGUGGAGAAUGACUGAGAAAUAUUUUGUGGAGAAGUUAGUGUGCAAGUAUAAGAGUGAUGUUCCUGAUGUUGUUAGAGCACACCAAGGCAAGAUAGAAUUUCAAGGGUUCUCCAUUGAUUUGAAAAUGUGAGUCAUCUUGAGAUCAUGAAAUGCUUUGAGUAUCGCCAAAAGAUUAAGAGUUCAGUUUCAGUUCAUUAUUUUGGCAGUCAGCGGUUUAUCUUUAUCUAAGGAAUGCGAUGAUGACAUAAAUUCCAGGUUCUGCAAUGGCUUCAUUUAGUUUAAUCCAUCUGAAUUGUUCGCCAUAGUUCAGCAGUAGAAACUUGUCAAAGUUGAAUUGAACCUUUUAAUGUAUAUAACUCCUGACAUUACAGGUUAAGAGAAGUAAACCCUGGCAUGCUCUGAUACACUGGAGGAUGAUGUUAUCUGUUAAGUGUCAAGGCAUUUUAGGAUGUUCAGGUGUGUGAGGCCUUAUGUUCAGAUUUCACUCUGAAACCAUGAAUUUUGAGCAUUAUUUCUAUUCUUUCUAAGUGACCUUAAAAUUUUUUUGUUUCUUUUGUGCUAUAUGCAUAUCUUCUUCUUUUUCUUUUUUCCUGACUUGCAACGACUGAUGAAUACCUAUGUCCUUGUUGGUUUAAAAUCUAAUCUUUCUAUCAUCCUUUUGUUUGCUGUUAUAAUGAGAUUUAGUGAACUUGUAUUUGGUGGUUAUCAUAUUGUACUUUUUUCUGUUUAACUAGUAUUUCUUCAGAAUUGUACUAAUCCCAUUGCUUUAUAUAUGUGAAGUCUAAAUUUGAGAAA